ACUCAAACAAUCUGAAAAAAAAAACCCGACGAUAACGAUAUUCUUUUUCUGGGUGGAAACACCCGCCACACGUACGUACACAGGUCACGCGACGGAAGAAGAGAUGAUAGAGAGAACGAGCCAGAGUAAGAAAGGAGUGUCAUUCAUGGCGAUUGAGGCAUGGUUGAUGGACGAUAGCAAUGAAGAUCCAAGGCUUUCUCACCGUCGCAAUCCCAACGAAUCAGUUUCAUUGGACCAAUUAGCAGAAUUGGGUGUGUUAUACUGGAAGUUCAAUCCAACUAUCUAUGAGAACGAUCAAGAGUUGACCAAGAUUAGACAAGAUAGGGGAUACAACUACAUGGACCUGCUUGAUUUAUGCCCAGAAAAGGUGGAAAAUUAUGAACAGAAGUUGAAGAACUUCUACACUGAGCACAUUCAUCAGGAUGAAGAGAUUCGUUAUUGUUUGGAAGGAAGUGGCUACUUUGACGUGCGGGACAAGGAUGAUCGCUGGAUUCGCAUUUUGAUCAAGGCUGGUGAUCUUAUCAUUUUACCAGCAGGAAUUUAUCAUCGCUUCACCCUAGACCCAAGUAACUAUGUGAAGUUAAUGAGGCUGUUUAAGGGCGAGCCAGUGUGGACAGCAUAUAAUAGACCACAGGAAGACAAUCCUGCUAGAAAGGAAUACAUUAAGGGCCUAACUGAGAAAUUUGGAGUGCCACUUGCAGCUCAUUAGGGCCCUGAAAUACACUAGUAUAUCUUGUUUCAGAUAUUAAUCACAGCUUAAGGUCUGUGAUGUAAUUGUUGGUAUAAUAUUUGUGUAGUUUUACCAUGAGUAGACUUGUCUAUGAACCUGAAACAUACCAAGCAUGAGAUGAAACAGACCUAAGAGCAUAUGAUAUAUGUUUACAUACUACUAGCUUUUGUCUCUGUGAAGCUGCUAUUAUGUUCUGUUAGCCCGUGUUCAGUUGUUUAGAUCAAGUUUUUUCCUUUGAGGAGAUAGUGAUACUGGCAUAUAUUCACGUGAUGUAGGCUUUGAACGGAUCCCUUAAGCACUCAUCACCUUCCACUGAAUAUUGCUGGAAAACCAAUCAUAGAUAAAUCCCUCCACCACCAUGAAGGCUUUGAUGAGACCCCGCGUCUAAGUCCCUCCACCCCCGUGUUGUGUUCCAUGUUUGCUUCAAUGUCCACGGCUUUCUAAGCUAAUAUUGAUGAAUGUGUGAGAUGGAAUGGAAUAUGAGUUCAAUUUUGUA